GCCAGCGUGUCAGCGGUAUGUCGUUCAGGUGUGGUGGAGGUGGCUGGCAGAUGGGUUACGUCAGGCAACCCCCCUCCGCAUCCUCCCAUGUUUCUCUCCCCUGUAGCUCAACGUUCGCGGCGCUGACCGGCGGGGAGGACUUCCGCUGCCCAGCAUGGGCGGCGCUGCGGUGGGCGGUGACGCUCGGCGACGGCGAGGACCCGUGGCGGCUGGAGCACGUCGUCCUGUCCCGCGUCUUCCUGGUGGGCUGCGGCGUCGGCGCCAAACAUCGCGCACAACACGGCCGUGCGAGCCUCCGCCGCCGGCGCGCUCUCCGACGGCGUCACCAUCCGCAAGCUUGCCUUGGUGCACCCCUACCUCACGGCAGCAAGGCUGUGGGCGGCGAGAUGGCAUUCGGCCCCGAGAUCCGGCCGUUCAUGGACCGGACCUGGGGGUUCGUGGUCUCGGAGACGGUAGGGCUGGACGACCCGCACAUGAACCCGUUUGUGGAUGACGCCGCGUGCAAGACCUCCGCCGAGAUCCCCUGCGACCGCGUGCUGGUGUGCGUGGCCGAGAACGACUUCCUGCUCAAGGAGCGCGCGCUGUGGUACCACCGGGAGAUCAAGGCGAGCGGGUACGCCGGCGAGGUUGAGCUGUUCAAGGCCAGCGGGUGCAUUGGGGGCACAACCCACCGAGGGUCGACGACGCGGCGGGCACCGGGGGGUACGCGGCGGUGGCAUUGGCGGAGACCGGCGUCUACGGCCUGCGCACCAAUUUCACCACCCCAUGCUUCGGCGACGUCGUCGCCCAUUCGCCGGCCGGCCUCGCCCACGCCCAGUUCCUCGACGUGCGCGCGCACGAUACCAUGGUAACCUGAACUGGUGGACUACAGAGGUGACAACUGAAUAUCAUAAUUCCUACAACAGUAGUUACUUAGGCUCU